AAUCCAAUUCCAUUCCUCUUUGAAGCUCUUCUUAUGGAUUAUUCAUUCCAUUAUGCAAUGGCUAACCAUUACAUAGUUGGAGUUGCAGGUGUUAUAGUUUCUCUCUUGGGGCUUGUUUUCCUGUACUACAAUUCUCUAGUAAGAUUUAGGGGACUAAGCAAGCUGAAAAGGCCAGCUUCUAUGGAUGCUCCAAAGGAAAACUACGUAAACAGAAAUGGAAACUGCGAGGCUGUUGGGACCACAGAUAUUAUCAUAGUCGGCGCCGGAGUUGCCGGUGCCGCUCUUGCCUAUUCUCUUGGAAAGGAUGGACGUCGAGUGCGAGUGAUCGAGAGGGACUUAAAUGCGCCUGACAGAAUCGCCGGUGAAGCUCUGAUUCCAGGGGGAUACCUCAAGUUAAUGGAGUUGGGGCUAGAGGAUUGUCUCGAUGAGAUUGAUGCUGUACGAAUGCCGGGAUAUAUUCUAUACAAGGAUGGAAAGGAGGCCUCCGUAAUUUUUCCUCUGGAAAAGUUUCAGCCCCAUGUGGAUGGAAGAACUUUUCGUCAUGGUCGUUUCGUUCGAAAGUUGAGGAACAAAGCUGCAUCUCUUCACAAUGUCAGCCUUGAACAAGGGACUGUAACGUCUCUGAUUGAAGAAAAUGGGACUGUCAAAGGAGUGCACUACAAAGAUAAGAGUGGUCAACUGAUGACAGCUUACGCUUCGCUCACCUUCGUCUGCGAUGGUUGUUUCUCGAAUUUGAGACGCUCUCUCUGCAAUCCCAAGGUUGAUAUCCCUUCUUAUUUUGUUGGUUUAGUCCUGACGAACUGUAAGCUUCCUAAUGAAAAUUACGCAGCUUUUGUAUUAGAAGAACCUGCACCUAUCUUAUUUUAUCGCAUUAGCAGCACCGAAAUUCGUUGUAUGGUGGAUAUUCCUAGUCAAAAUUUACCUUCUAUUUCGGAUGGUGAAAUGUCCCAUUAUUUGAAAACUCAAGUGGCUCCCAAGGUUCUUCCUGAACUCUACACUGCCUUUAUUGCUGCAAUAGAGAAGAAGGGUAACAUAAGAACGAUGCCGAUUAAAAUCAUGGCGGCUGCUCCACACCUGACUCCCGGUGCAUUUUUGAUAGGCGAUGCAUUCAAUAUGCGGCAUGCUAUAACCGGAGGAGGAAUGACUGUUGCAUUAUCUGAUGUCAUCUUAUUGAGGGAUCUUCUAAGACCCUUGCAUGAUCUAUCAGAUGCAUCCACCAUUUGCAAAUAUCUCGAGUCCUUUUAUACACUGAGGAAGCCAAUGUCAUCUACAAUCAACACACUGGCUAAUGUCCUACAGAAGGUUUUCAGUGCCACGUCGGAUCCUGCAAUGAAUUCUAUGCAACAGACAUGUUUUGGAUACUUGAGACUUGGAGGUGUAUUUGCAAAUGGACUAUCAGCUAUGCUAUCUGGUUUAUGCCCUCGUCCAUCAAGCUUGGCAUUUCAUUUCUCUGCCAUGGCAAUAUACGGCGUCGGCCAAUUAUUACUUCCGUUUCCUACUCCGAAACGCUUGUGGAAUGGAGCUAAACUCCUUUGGGUUGCAUCCAGUGUUCUUUUUCCCUUUAUAUGGUCUGAAGGAGUGAGACAAAUGUUCUUCCCCCUAACUGUGCCUGCAUACUAUAGAACUCCACCCGGAAAAAGUAUGAGAAGAAACUCCUUGGAUUAAUUUGCAGCAUAUGUUGUGAGCAAUAAGAAAUUAUUAAAAUAUAUGUACUACAAAAAUUGUCGUGAAUAAGUCAAUGAGAACUUGACGGAGUUGGUAAGGUUGACCCA